UGCGGGGUCGGAGUCAGAAAGCGCUGUAGGCCACUGGGGAUGCUCAUCCCAUUAGAGAGGUGAGCUGAGUGAUUGCCCAGGGCCGCAGAGUUGCUUAGAGCAGGACAGUACUCCCUUCUGGUCCACAGGGUCUUGCCCUUGGGUCAGUCGAUUUUGUCUUGGUCAUGAGUUUUGUGAAUGCACAACCCACAGAGCAGAAAUCCUGCAGAUUAGCCUGUAGAUGCUAGGGACGAGGGAAAAGUCAGGAGCACAAAGAGAUGUAAAACAGAGGCUCUGCCACAAAUAGGGGUGAAGGAAGGGAAAUGAAUCCAUUCAAUCAUUCAAACAAUAUUCAUUUGACCUUAUUGAAUGCCUACUGUGUGCCAGGCACUGUGCUAGGCUCUGGGGAUGGAGCAGUGAACUAGUCACCACCCUCCCUUGCCCUAAGAGGAAGCUGCAGGCCAGUAGCUUUAUAUGGGAGGACAGUCUGCACACAGGGGGCUAAGGUAGGCACUAUCCCCAUUUUACCCAUGGGGAAAGUGAGGAAAUUACCCAUGGUCACACACUAAGAGGCAGAUCUGGCAUUUGAGGCUAGGUCUGUGUGACCCCAAGGUUGUGCUUGCCGGUCCUGCAGUUUCCUGCUCCCUCAAGGGCUUCCAGUCUAGUUGCGUGGUAGAGCACCUGUGUCAGGCCAAGUGGCCACUCCAGGAGGCCCGGGACUGUUUGGUGGGAGAGAGGCUUACACACACCGAGGACAGAGGCCGUGGGAGGCUGGCUGCAGUACGCCGGCUGGCAGUGCAGGGAGGAUGAGACACAGGGCAUAAGUAGGCGGGAAGAGUGGGGAGGGCACUCCUUGCAGAGGGAACUUGGAGGGAAUGACUCAUACCUGAGGCAGGCAAGUUACAGCUGUGCCCACAGGUGUGCUUCCCUGAAAACAGACCAGCCUGACGGAGUGCAAAGUGGAGACUAAUGGGAGAUGCCAGAGUCAGCUCUGGUGGGCCCUGACGUGCCAGGGUUGGGGGUUGGCAGGUAUGGUGCUGGGGAACCAUUUGCCAGAUGGUUCUGAGCUGGUGCCUGGGGCCUUUCCUCGGCUGCCCUCUCCCUCUCCCUAGAGCCUGGGUUCCAGGUGGUUGGCAGAAGGCUGGCCUCAUGGGCAGCGAGGGCCCGUGGUGAUUGCUGGGGCCGGCCCACCCCAGGCAGGACAGCAGAGAGGGUGAGGGGAGGGCAGCCAGGAAUGGAAAAGUAUGGAGAGUGCCCCGCGACCACCAGUCAGGAUUCCUUCCAGCUCCUGGGCCUCGAAGGUCGCCCUGAGCCGAGCAGCCUUGCGGGGCAUCUCCAGCAGGGGCAGCUCUGCGCAGCCCCAAGAGCCCAGCAGCCCGCAGCCAGCGCCCGGGGAGCGCGCGGGCCGUUGGGGAACGGAGCUGAGGAGGGCGCGGGGGCGGCCCCGGCUCGGGAUCUGUGGGUGUCGGGGCCGCGUCCGCGCCAGCCGCGGAGUCGGAGCCGGGAGUGGGCGGAGGAGCCAGGCGGACCGCAGACAGGCCCAGCAGGCCCUCCUCCGCCCGGGCCCGGGCACCCGGCCCGCGGGUACUUUGGCCUCGGAGCGUAGAAGGAGCCAGAACUGGGAGAGCCGGGCGGGCCGACGGGCUGGGCACUUCCCCGCGGCCCAGGGCGCGGAGUCCACCGGCCGGCUCAAAGAUAUGGCACUGACGGUGGAUGUGGUGGGGCCAGGGCCCUGGGGCUUCCGGAUCACUGGGGGCAGGGAUUUCCACACGCCCAUCAUGGUGACCAAGGUAACUGAGAGGGGCAAGGCUGAGGCUGCUGACCUCCGGCCUGGCGACAUUAUCCUGGCCAUCAACGGGGAGAGCGCUGAGGGCAUGCUUCAUGCUGAGGCCCAGAGCAAGAUCCGCCAUAGCCCCUCACCCCUGCGGCUGCAGUUAGACCGGUCCCGGGCUUCUUCCCCCAGGCAGACCAAUGGGGAAAGCUCUGUGGAAGUGCUGGUGACUCGCUUCCAGGGCUCCAUGAGGACGCACGCGGACAGCCAGUCCUCCCUGCGGUCUUCCUGCUCCAGCCCCGUGUCCUCCAGCCCCCAGCCAGGCAGCCCCUUCUCUACCCUGUCCCCCAGCAGCCCACAUGCCCUCCCUGGAGAGGCUGUGGUCAGCCGCAGGCCAGCCUCCCCCGCGCCAGCGACUCAGCUGUGCUGGUGCUGCCGCCUUCCCCGGGUCGGCGUUCCUCCAGCCCCAGGCUCAGUGUGGACUCAGAAGGGGGAAGCCGCCUUCUGGAAGAGGACUCAGAAGUCUACAAGAUGCUGCAGGAGAAUCGUGAGGCGCGGGUCGCCCCCCGGCAAUCCAGCUCCUUUCGGCUCUUGCAGGAAGCCCUGGAGGCUGAGGAGAGAGGAACCACGCUGUACGCAUCCAGGAGGGGCGCUACCGCCACCCGGGCUGCUACACCUGCGCAGACUGCGGGCUGAACCUGAAGAUGCGCGGGCACUUCUGGGUGGGGGAUGAGCUGUACUGUGAGAAGCAUGCCCGCCAGCGCUACUCCUCGCCCCCCACCCUCAGCUCCCAGGCCUGAGCACCUGGCUGUUGUCUUAGCCCGCCCUCGACUCUGUGGACACCUCCGUGCCAGGGCCAUGCCAAUAGCAAGUUGGCAUGGAAGGGUGGUGGUGGGUGGUGGGGCCCCUUCCUCCAGGCUAGGUGCGGCCAGGGCCUGGGACCUGUCCUGGGCUGUGCAUGAGGACGGCUUCGCCGGCCCAGGCCUGUGCUAGAUACUCUCACUUCCCCCUGCAGGACAGGCUGUGCACCAAAGUCGGCGGUGGGCACCGCAUUGGAUAUCUUUGUGCAACAGGGGUUAAGCAGGUUGGGACACAGAGAGAAAUAUGUAGAAAGAGAGGGGUGGUCAUAGGCGAAAGGUAUUCACUCUGUAAAGUUUUCAACAUAUGAGCUCUAUAAAUAUAUAUACAUGGACAAAACAAAGUAGAUCUUUCCUCUCCUUCCCUGCCCUGGCCCCUGGGGAUGAGUUUCUCUCUACCACUGGGUAGAAAGUCUUUACUGACAUAUUUUUUCCCCCUUUAUUUCCCCCCUUCCACAAACCCCUACUGAAGAGGCUUGUUUCUUUUAAUGGAAGGUUGUGCUCUUUCUGGACACCCUCCCCUCUUUUUUAAAAAAUUUUAUUUUUAAGUCUCUCUACAACUGAUGUGGGGCUGGAACUUACAACCCCAAGAUUAAGAGUUGCAUGCUCCACUAAUUGAGCUAGCCAGGCGCCCCUCCUGGACCCUUUUAUUUAUUUAUGGGCACCUGGGUGGCUCAGUCGUUAAGCGUCUGCCUUCGGCUCAGGUCAUGAUUCCAGGGUCCUGGGAUCGAGCCCCACAUUGGGCUCUCUGCUCAGCGGGGAGCCUGCUUCUCCCUCUGCCUCUGCCCCUGCUCCUGCUUGUGUGCCCUUUCUGUCUCUCUCUCUCUGACAAAUAAAUCUUUAAAAAGAUUUUAUUUAUUUAAGAGAGAGAGAGAGCACAAACACUCGCUGAUGUGGAUGAGCACGAGGAGGGGCAGAGGCAGAGAGAGAAGCAGGCUCCCCACUGAGCAGGGAGCCUGAUGGGGGACUCUAUGCGGGGCUCGAUCCCAGGACCCCAAGAUCAUGACCUGAGCCAAAGGCAAGCACUUAACCAACUGAGCCACACAGGCGCCCCACCUCCUGGACUCUUAUAAAGAUGCCAGUUUUACUGGGAUAACCCUUGGUUCUUUAGAGCACGAGUUUCUCACUGGGAGCAGGGAGAGGCAGGGGGCUGCUGGAGGGUGGGCAGCAGAGAAACAGGAAGCGGGCCCAGAUGUCCAUUCUGCCCAGGCCCGGCUCAGGGAGACAGACUUGUGCUCCCCUGGCACUGGCUGGGCUGGCACUCUGUGCUCCUUGCUGUAUACUUGGGGUGACUGCUGCCAGCCCAGCUGACCUACCCAGAUGAGCCAGUAGGCAGGAGAGGGGGCAACAUCUAGAGUACGUCCUGCACUUGGCCAAGGCUGUCUGCACCCAUCUGAGAAAGAGAAUCACCAGAAAGAACCUUGGACAGGCUGCAGGUUAGCCUUGCCUGGGAAGGACAUGCCAGGGGAGCCCCCCACCCUGAGGGACCACCACCCACCAAGGGCCUCACCUCCAAGCCAGGGUUUUCUCUGUGCCCCUUCCCUGGGAGACCCUGCUGGUUCACUGCUAGUUGAUUUGAAAACCAAAAACAAAACCAAAAAGGAUGGGUGACCAGUGCUAGGCAUGUCUGCCCUCAGGUAUGUUGGAAUUGAGGCAGGGGGCAGGUCCCCUACCAGAUUUAGGGCUUGAUUCACCCACCACCCCAGUCCUAAUCCCAGAGGACAUUUCAGAAAGGUGCAUGGGUGCUGCUGGGUGCUCCAGACCCACCCCGCCCCCCAGCCUGAAGAAUGGGCCACAGCCUCAGCUUUAUUUUCACAGAAGAGAUCAAAGCUGGACUUCAGAGACUGUGCUAUCUGGCUUUUUGGAAGGAAUCUUGGUGGAGACUGUUUGUGUUGGCUCCCUGGGCACCUGUUGAUAUAAUUUACACCCUGACAUAAUUGUCUCA